GGAAGACUGUGUGAGGGAGCGUCACUAUUCCGGUAGCUGCUUCCGGGCCUAGCGCCAAGAUGGCCGCUUCUUCGCUGCUGGGCUGUGGGCGGGCGGUGUUGCGGCUGGAAGUCCGGGGGCUGCGAGGGCAGGUCCCCUCCGCGGAGCUCUGCACCAAGCCGGCGGGCUCCGGGAAGCCGCCAAAGAAUCUAGUGGCACCACAGGGAAGCACCAAGCUGCUACCCGUCAAGGCACCAAUUGAAUUUCCUAAAAUGUUGUCUUCUAGCUCUCUCCUAGCAUCUGCAAACAAAGGUGAGAGCAUAUCUAGUACUAACCCUAAGGAACCUUCAAAACCAUCUGCUGAAGAUAUGAGGAAGUUCAUGUCAAGAAAAACUGUGGUUGAAUUUCCUCAGCGAGUAGUUGUUUCUUCCCUUGAGGAGGAAAACAUCACUAAACCUGCAACAGAAGGAGGAUUGAGGAAGGAGAUAGUUGAGGAAGAAACUUCAUCUUCAUCCAGCUCAGAUUCAGAUUCUAGCUCAGAUUCUGAGGAAGAAAAUGAUGGUGAUGAUUCAAAAGUUGCCAUCAAAACCAAAGCUGAGUUUCCUAGACGAGAUUCUGUCUUUUCUGAGAACAAAGCGGUAAAGGCAUCGAUGCUAGCAAAAGAUAACUUGUUGCAGAAAUCCCAUAAAGAAUAUGUGGGUAAGAAACAGCCACAAAAACCAGAAACUGAUGUGUCUUCUAUCAAGCAGGACACAUUUUCUAAAACAUCAGUCAGCAAUGAAACAUCAAAAUCCAAAUCAGGAGUCCCCAAAGUAAAAUCAACUCCAAAAGAAGCAGAUCGGCAAAAGCUGGUCUUAAAACCAUGCCUGGUUGAAAGGCAAGACCUGACCAAUGUCACUCAUAAAUCUGACUAUUUGGAGGACAAGUCCAUUGGAACCCAAAAAGCAGCUAUUCAGCUGAAAGCUUCAUCAGUGACUCAGGAAGACAUAAAGCAAAAACUGGUAUCCAGAGGAGAAGAAGAAAUGGUGAAGGAGGCACAAGAGUCAGAAGCAAAAGUAACUGCUCCCAAACUAGAAGAAGACACUUCUGAAAGCACAAUCUUGGUGAUGGGCACUGCAGCAAAGGAGGAGACCAUACAGGAAGCAGGAGUCGAGGCUGGAGCAAGCAGCACAAUAGAGGAGACCACAGCAGUUGGUGAGCCUGCUCCAGAAGAGUUCGAUAAUUCUACCUACAAGAACCUUCAGCAUCACGAAUACAACAUUUAUACUUUUUUUGAUUCUAUUGAGGUUCUCUCCAAAUUCAGGCAGCCUCAGCCAUCUUCUGGAAGACCUUCACCAAGGCACUGAGAGAACAACAUUUAAAACAAAUGCUUAGGCAGAAUGAUAAAUUGUUCUAUUUAGCAUUGUUGCUUCAUCUGUAUUAUAAAUCAGAUAAUGAAUAAUAAAUGAAUGCAGAAUAA